UGAAAGAGAAGUGGUUCAGAAGAGGACCUUCACCCGAUGGAUGAACCUACAUUUAGAAAAGUGUGACCCACCUAUUGAGGUCCAUGACCUUUUCCAGGACAUACAGGAUGGACACAUCCUCAUGGCCCUGCUGGAGGAGCUUUCUGGCUGCAAACUGCUUCAUGGGUUCAAAAAGUCCUCCCAUCGUAUUUUCAGACUCAACAACAUUGCCAAGGUCCUGUCUUUCCUAGAGGAGAGAAAUGUAAAGCUGGUCAGUAUCGAUGCAGCUGAUGUUGCUGACGGAAACUCCUCGAUUAUCCUGGGCCUCAUCUGGAACAUCAUCCUUUUCUUUCAGAUUAAGGAGCUGACCGGGAACAUCAGGAGCCAGUUCCCCUCCUCCUCCAGUCUGUCGUCCAUCCCCACAAGCUCAGACUCUGACACGUCCUACUGCAGCAUGCCGUCAGACGAGAGACAGUCAGCGUCCACGGCCAUGCGAGAACACAGCAAGGCCAUAAAGAAACUGCUGCAGUGGGUACAGAAGCGAACACGCAAGUAUGGUGUGGCAGUGCAGGACUUUGGAAAGAGCUGGACAAGUGGUCUGGCCUUCCUGGCUGUCAUUAAAUCCAUUGACCCCAGCCUGGUAGACAUGAGGAGGGCACUGCUGAGGAACGCCAGGGAGAAUCUGGAGGAUGCCUUCAGGAUAGCCCACUACAGCCUGGGUAUCCCACGCCUACUGGAGCCUGAGGAUGUGACCAUCAACAGACCAGAUGAGCAAUCCAUCAUAACGUAUGUGUCACAGUUCCUAGAGCACUUCCCUGGCAUAGAGGAGCCGGAGGAGCCCUGUCAGCUGAUUGAACGAAGCGUUUCUAUGUGCCGCCUCAACUUCCAUGACAGUGACUCCGACCACAUAAGGAAUGGUGCUCACCGAAGUCGCGUGAGGGAGAGGUCCUACAUGUUCCAGAGAGACAGCGCCAAACCUCCACCGAAAAUCUUAAUUUCUUCUGUGUCAGAGGACAGGAGUGCCAUGUCACCCCCUUUCAGGCCUGCUGCAGCUCGCUUAUGGUCCAGUGAAGACUUCUUAGCAGAUUCCCCCCAUUUGGAAGACAUCUCCAGCAGUGUGGUUGAAGAGCCCAAGAAUCCUUCCAAUGAGGUCUUAACUAAUUCCCCACAACUUUCUAACAUUCACUCGCCCUCUGGUUCAUCAGUGCCAGAGUCUGUUAACACUGAGUCAGUAAUUGGCGACUCUGCAAUCAGCUCACCAGACUCGUGGCUGGAGAGCGAGUUUGGCGUGAUGCCAGAGAAGUUUUGUGAGAGCCGAAGUGACAGUUCUUUGUGUGACAGUGGAACAGCCUGGGAUGUCUACCGUGCCACCCCUGUGGAGGUCACUCUUGAUGAGGGAUUUGUCCCAUCCAUGGAGGAAAGAGCGCCUGAUGAGCAGUUGAUUACUGAGUCGUAUAUCGACGAAGGGAUUUACUCACUGAGCUCACUGGAGACCACUCAGGAAAGAAUGCAAGGGCACUCUGAGAAAAAGGAAACAGAAGUAGUGAAAGAGAAAGAGAACCACCACCAGGACAUGGCACUAGAACAGGUACCUGACCACAGCAAAGCUGGUAUUACAAAAGAAGUACACUCUGAACAGAUGGAUACAAGUGUACUUCAAAAAGACAAAGUACCCAUGGAGCAAGAACCUUCUUUUGAGCUGUGUACUGAUGCAGAAGUACUGGCCAACUCUGGUGUUGAAGAUCUCAUUGCAAUUGAUAAAACUAACCAGUCCCAACGACCACCCCCUGACCAUUCUGAAGAUCUCAUGAAGCAAACCAGUGCUGUAGAGAAUACUUACGGACAACAGAAAUGUUUAAAGAAAGCUGUGGACUUCGUUGGGGAUUUACUGGACCAUGAAGGGCAGACAAACAGUCAUACUGGAAGUCAGAAUGAGAGCAAUAACUCUGAGGAGGUUGAAGUGGAAUGUAAAUGUCAGCAAACAGAUUCUCGUUCAGGGCAGACAAGUGGGGAGUCAGGGAUUUUAAAGGAAAGGGAUGAAGGGAAUGAAGAAAUACAAGAUGAAGCAAGUGAAGGAGGUCUAAGAGACUACCUAGAUCCUCAAGAAAGCUUUAGUUUAGAGACUUGUGAUGCUUGUGAUGCAAACACAAAUCCAGCCAACCAAGACAGAGCUUCAAAAACAAGCCUGGGCUCAAGCAUGGAUAUAAAUAUCCCUCUGAUCUCUAUUUCCAGUGAGCCAGAAGAGCAAGACAAAGAGGAACUAUGUGACCCAGAAAGACCGGAUCGUGCUGAGUGUGAUGAGGUACAUCAGGUAGAGGCAACUGGAAGGAUGGGAACUUACAGACCUCAAAAUCCAGAUGAACUGAGUUGUGACUCUAAUGACAGGGAUAUAGAAAGUGGGCAUUUGGAUGAAACAGAUGAACAUGACAUCAUCGGAUCCUCACUUACACACAUAUGUGGGCCAGACAUAAUAAAUAACACGGAAAUAGUUGAAACCUCACAGGAAUACGAGGCUCCUCGCUAUGACUUUCAGACAGGUAACACUCAGAAGGACUUGGUAGCUCAGACAUCUUCUACAGGUGCACAAUCUCAACCUGUGAAUACUGAACAGGAAAUCGAUCCAACUGAUCAACCCGAUGGACACAAGGACAAAGUGGCUGACACCUUUUCUGACAAUGGGACAGCUACCACACAGGAGAACACAAUGGAUCCAGUCAACUUGAAACCAAGUUUUAUUUCAUGUUGUGAAUCAGGUAGUGUGUCCAGAGACAAAGACAUGUUUUAUAUAGACUUUGAUCAAAAUCUUCCCACAGAUGAUGUAAUUGGUGACCCUAUUGAACCCAUGGAUCUGUUCUACCCUGACAAAGAGGAGUCCAUGUUUACAGAGCUACCUGACACUGAAAUGCAGAGUUGGCCUUCUGUUUUGAGUGUCUCUGCUCUCCAGCCGGCGCCAGCUUCAGUGACUUCGCCAGACGAGAAAGCACUCAACCUGCAGGGUGAAGACCUCAGGAAUGGAGUGGAUCCGAUACGAGAAAAUAACACGGUGAUCACAAAGACCAACAAGGAAACUGACAAAACAUCUGAAUCCCUGGAACACAGUUUGUUGCUUGGGGAGAAGAUAGGAGGACUCUGGGGUGGUGAUGUUUCAGCAAAUGGCCCUGAUCUCUGUGAGACUGAGCAACAGAGCUCAGGCUCUGCCAGGGAAAACACAGAGCCUGUGAGCAGAGACACUAAAAGUUCCAGCAGACAAGAUGAAAGUCAGAUCCCUCCAGUUCUCCGUCACAGAAAGGGGGCUUGCUUCACUGAGUCCAUGGGCAGUCAGACAGCCGUGCCUGCAGCCACCAGAAAAGCCGACAACGGUGACGCUGAUUUUUGGUGGAGUGAGAGCUGGGAGCUACAUCUGUUGCUGCUGCUGUGGCUGCUUCUCUACUGUUUCUGGCUGCUGCCACAGAUGGACCUGAAGUCACUACCCAGCCUGCUGCUGAACCUCAACCACUGAAUACACCCAGGUCUUCAGCAGUGUCGACUGGCACUGAGGAUCCCUCCAUGUUGUUGAGAGUUUGUGAGAAGUGGGCUGCGUGCAGACGCACAGGGAGGGGCGGGACUGAGCGAUGACGGAGGGAGAGAGGAGCAAACACUGGCAGGACUUUAUGGAAACACAUUAAUUAACUCAGCAUCAAACUAUAUUGGCAUAGACUAGAUUGUCUAAUUUUAUAUCUCAAUAUAACAUUUACCAAAGCCACUCUGACUUGCCACUAUGACACCACUUACCAAAAUACAUGUAGUCACUAUAAUAAAAUGAUGAAAACAAAAAAUAAUCGGAUUCAUUAUUUGUUCCCAAACAGGAUUACGUUGCAGCCCUGUUUCCCUGCUUGCUCUCGUGGUUGCCUAAUACUGAACCAACCAAAAUGUUGUCCUGAUUAAAUACAAAAUAAGGUCCCAGGUUGCAAAAUACUAUAGUACCCUAGUACCAGAUUUACCUUUGGAUUAUAGAAAUGUCUUUCUUCAUACUGUGGAUAAUGCUAGCCACCCACAACUGCUUAACAUACUGUGCACUGAACUGAAGUGUUAUCAUGCACAGAUGAUUUUAGUCCCAAUUUUCCCAUGAUACACUGGGUAAGGUCACCAGCUGACCAGAGUCCAAAAAUACUGUGCUGACCUUCAGAGUUUGGGAUAGGAGGAGAGGUAGGGCAGUUUAAGGUCUUAAAAAGGAUACAGUAGAUUGUGUGAUUGUGUGUGUGUUUGUGUCUCCAGUGACCAUGGCCACAGCACCAUACCAGCCACCCCCACCCCAACACCAACACCACCACCACAACACUGAAAGGACUGACCUAGUAAAAGCCUAUUAGCUUUUGUAUUCUGUUUCAACAGCACCAGUCAAGUGCAAUAAAUGACAUGUUUUUGACCCUU